GCACGAAUACACUCCACCUCUCGCGUCCGUGGCGAGCGGUACAGUCAGGAGUGAGAGUGUACGUUCUCAAUCAGUAGGACACUUUCAUCGAGCUGAGGAAAGUGAGGGAGACCGUCGUUUCUUCGAGAAAACCUAGGUGGGAAAGAAAAAAGAGUGGUUAGAGACGAUUAGACGGGGAAAGAGAAGUGAAAGACGAGAAUCGCGAGAAGAGAAAGAGUGUUCGGUAGAAAGAAAAAGAGAGGGAGAGAGAGAGCAUGGAGAAAGGGAGAGACAGUGUUGCAGUAACGUCGACUCAUCGUAAAAACAUGUUUCAAUUCCAAAAGAGAUCGUAGCUUGACUCUAUUACUCUCUCUUUCUCUUUCUUCCUUCCCCUUCUCUCCUUUUUUCCUUAUUUCCAUCGUCUUUCGAAUACCUAUAGGAUUCGAAUCGAGGUAUAUACGCGAGAAAGUAAAGGAGAAACGAGAAAUGCGAAGGAUAGAGACGCGACAUUGACCGCAGAAACAGGCAGGAAAAGGACGCGAAGGAAUAGAAUCGGUUUCUCAUCGUGGAAGGGAAGACAAUGAUGACGACUGCACGUGCAGACGCGCUCAAUACGAAAAUGGAAAAGAGAAGGAACGAGAGGGAGACUCGAUGAAACAUUUCCUGAAACGGUAGAGAGAAGAACGUCGCCGGGGGAAGCCUUUUAUUCCAAAGGGAGUCCCUCGGAAGGGAGAAAACGGACGCGCCGACUACUGCGACACGAAGUACGAAAAUAGAGUUGAAGCUAUCAACUGGAUGAUAUAAAAGGACUUUCGCUGGCUGAUCAAACAUGAACAGAAACAACAACAAUAACAAUAACAACAAUCAUAAUAAUAAUAACAACAAUAAUAACAAUAUGUCGUUAACCACACCGCCAGCGAUACAUGUCGGUCCGAUAAUAACGCCGGGCUCGAACGAGACCAUUUCCAUAGUGAUACCGUUGUCCGCUCAAUUAGCCACUGUUUCCGGACAAAAGGUCGAGAAAGCAUCUUGUAAGGAUUGUGGCAAGGACGCGAAACAACGUUCGCCAAAUGGAGCUGCGCCGCGAAUUAGAAACGAUAAGACGAAGGGUUGUCCUUAUCCCACUUGUACACGAUACGGUCGUGCUUUUUCAAGGGCACACGAUUUAAAGCGUCACAUCGCACGACAUGAAAUGCGAAAAGAAAAGCUGAUGGAUGGUGAGAAGGGACAACUGGUCAUCGGUUGUCUCGAAUACGCAAAGAAUCUCGUAAACGAUUCUGCUUUGAGAACGAACGAGUCCUUUAAGACGGAGAUUCCUCGGGAUACGGAAACCAACGUUAGAGCGUACACAUGUCCUCGUUGCAAGAAGAGAUACUCAGAAGAAAGCAAAUUUAAGGCUCAUCUCGCUAUGCAUGACAAGGUAAUCAUUCUCAAGACAAUGGCGAAGAACGUAUGCACCCUAUGCGGACUACAACUUCAAAACGAAGCCGAUAUGCAGGAGCAUAUGAAGCAACACGCGGGUGCUAUCUUGCAAACUCAGUCGGCCCAGUCGAUGCCACAAAACGAAAAGGAGGAUGAUUUCCUUCUCGAAGAGAUGCUCUUACUGCAUAAAAAUCCACGAAGAACAUCGUCUUCCGAUAAAACAGUCGAUGUUGCUAGUGGCAAAGUCGCGACAAAAAUCAGGUGCGACUACUGUUCGAAGACUUUUAAAACAAAAUGGACAUUGAGCUCCCACGUAGCCGCACACGAAGGUCGUUAUCAGUUUGAUUGUGCCCAGUGCGGCAAAAAAUUUGUGAGAAAGAGUCAUUACGAGGGACACGUACGUUCCCACGAAGCAGCGAGGCCUUACGUAUGCGAGCAGUGCGGAAAGACGUUCAAGGAAUUGAAACACAGACGCGAACACACCAAAAGAAAGCAUCCUGGGAAUCAGAGUGCUAUACAAAAUCUCUUGGAUAGCAUUAGUCCGUGUGCAUCCGAGGAAGUGCCAGUCGAUCAGGCUAAAUUCACUCUUUUGAUGCCGGUGAACUUUACCGCUUAACAAUAAGACGUAUCGAAUGUAUUGAUUUAAAAGCUUUUUCUCUCGUAUGUAUAUCUAGAGAUAUGAUAGACAUUAUGUUGAAACCUUUGUUAGUUUUCUGAAGAUGCACCGAUAAAAAAAUUAGCAUUAACGAGUUUCAAUUUCUCAUAUAUGGCGUAUUGAACUUUUUUUUUUUACGUAGUCUUUAUGUAUCUUUUUUUAUAGUAGAAUCCAAAUGUAUUAUGUAUUACAAUGAUGAAUUACGAUGAAAAUUAUUAAAUUAUUCUUUCGUUUUGUUUCGUCGGAAAUUCUUAUACAAAAUUUUGUUAUCGAAAGAAAACGAAUAAAUCUUAAACUUGCCUACGAUGGAAAAAAGAAAAUAACAAAUAAAUGUAAUGUUAUUUGCUGUGCACCAUUUCUAGAAUAUUUUAAUAAAAUUUUAAUAUCGAUGUGUCGACGAAAUGCCAGAGUUGCUAACUUUAUUACUCGUAAUUUUAACGCAUCUAUAAUAUCAUCCUAAUAGAAUACGAAUAUUAUCAUAUUUACAAUUCCUUCGAUAUUAGGGAAUAAUUUUAUAUUUAUAGGUAAUAGUAGGUAUUUACAAAGAACCCUGCGACUUGCGUUUUUGUAACACUACGUAUUUUUAGAAAUAUUAAUUGUGUUUAAACACGAUUAUAACGAACGAACUAUUUCAAGGAACAAUUCUUUUGUUUUAUUAUAACAGGCAUUAUAUGACAUUUUAGUUUUUAUUAAAUUUUCACUCGAAUAUAUUUUAAUAAUAAUAUACGAAUAUAUUUCUUUUUUAACGAUAAAACGACAUAUUACGUUGAUAUGUUUAUCUAACGAAAUAAUGAUACUUCGUUGGCUUUAUUUGUACAAAAUUUGAAACGCAAUAUCGAAAAAACAAAACUUUGUCAGAAUUAAGAAGAUAGCCUUUAUUAGGAUUUCUUUUCAAAUGAGCCCAAAUAAGCGCCGUAGAACGUCAUCGAGAUGCGAAGAGCAAAAAAAUAUGCAAAAGCAUGCGGCUGAUGAAUGUUUUUACUAUCAUACUCUGGACACGCUUCCACCAGAAGUUUUAGAAAUAGUAUUACGUUUAUUACCCUUACAUGAUGUAGCAACUGCAGUUCGUCUAGUGUCCAGGUGGAAUAUCUAACGAAUAUUCAUUGAAAUAUAAUAAAUUCUCACCUUGAUAAAAAUAUGUUGAUAUAAUCACUAUCAUCAUUUAUUUAUUACUAGGAAUAAAUAUUAAUCGGUGAUCCGAUUUUAUAAUCAGUUAUUAUAUUCGUGUUUUUAAAUGUAAUUACCGAUUAAUAUUUAUACAUAAUAAUAACCAAUAAAUCAAAAGAUCAUAUGAUCUUUUCAGACGUUGUUUGAACGUCGCUACGAUAGUUUUGAAUGCUUCAUUUCUUAUUGCUGGUACAAAACUUGAAAAUGCAAUGAAACAUAUAGAAACAAUGAUAAUGAAAGUUAAGACAGGUGCUGACCUACUAACCUUCAGCAGAGUAUUCAAUAUCCUAGAAAUGGUCAUGGCACAAUACAAGAUGCUCAGAGCUGUAACUUGGAGAUAUACACAUCCUUCAAAACCAGAGAAAUUUUCACGACUUUGUUUUUAUGCUGGUAGUCUGCUUGAUAAUUUAAAUAGUCUGCUUCAUCGUGCUAUAAAUUGUCCUGUUUCUUUAUUGGGGCUCCAACGACCAGAUUCAAACAUUUUUUUUUUUAUAUCCGACUGCAAGCGCUUUAUGAACUAUUUUGAAAAAAUUUCUGAAUGCAGAGUGAACAGGUAAAAAAAACUAUACUUAUAUGAUAAAAGGCAAAAAUAUAUAAAUGAAUAAAAGAUAAAUAUACGAUACCUUCAUUUCCAAAUAUAAGUUUUAUUUUCUAUCUAAAAAUUUAUAAAAUAAUUUUAUGAUUAGAUCUGUUUUGGUGUCCGGAUGUAAAGCUGUAGAUGUUCUAGACUGUCUUGCAGAAGGACGUCAGGUUUUAUCAUUCAAUAUAUUGUCUAAUGAAGGAAUCAAAAAUAACAUUAUUAGUAUGAAAUUAAAAUAUGUAAUAAAACGAGCUUGGUUCACUUGUCUGAAAAUUCCAAGUAUGCCUGAUGAAAAUUCUUGGAAAGACCAACAGCGUUUCAUGUACCUCAGACUACGUCGUUUAGUUAGCAGUGUGAAUGAACAUUAUUAUGAAAACUUACGAUAUGAACGAGAAUUACUUUUACAGGUAACAUCUAUAAUGAUAUAAUAUGAUAGCUAAUAUUUUUAUUUCUUUAUACAAUUUUGUAUUAUUAUCUAAUUCCAAUAAUUAGUAAUAGCUUUAUAAAACUUGAUUGAAACUCAUAGUUUUCUUCUGUAUCUUACAUAACUUUCUUUCAAUUUACAUAAAAAUAUAAAUAUUUUAAUAAUUCUAUACAUACAGCAUUAAAUAAAACGUUUUAUAUACAGGAACCAUCAAUACCACCUCCAAGACUACCACCAGUAUCUACAUAUUCUGGUUAUGGAGAAUAUGGUGGACAAUUCUUUUAUUAUGGGAAUAUGAAUAAAUAUGCUUAUGAGAGCAAAAUCAAAUCCUUACCAGUAACUGACCAUGAAAAUGCACAAGAUGAUAUUGAAGAAAUUCAUGGAACGCCUUGCUUCAAUCUCAUCAUAGCUGUAGAAUUGAAAUGUUCACUAGAACUGGCACCUUUUACUGUAAGAACUUUAUUGCAGUCCAAUGAGCUAGAAAUAUAUACAAAAACUCCAAAUCGGCCAGAGAUUUAUUUAAAACUUGAUAUCAUGUGUCCUGCUUCAAUGGCUAAUAGAUUACCAGGAAAUUUUACUUGGGAGCUCAAUAGUUCUCGUCAUAUACGUCAUUCUUCUUAAUACAUUACAAAUAAAUUUUUUUUUAGUAUAUUAUUAUAACUCAAAAUAUAGAAAAAUGAUUUCUAUUACAACUGAUGUAAUCUUUUGAUAAGCAAAAGUUAUUAAAAGAAUUACUAUAUAA